CAGCUGAUGACGUGUACACAUUGCUGUGCUGCUAGCGGGUUAGCUUAGAUAGCUGUCAGAGUAAAAGAGGGGAAAUAUAAAGAGGAUUAAGAGAGAGAGGGGGAGGACGAAAAGCGUUUCAGCGAAUCCAUAAACAUGGAGACGCUUUAUCACCAGACAAACAAGCAAAUCCAUGAGGUGCAGUCUCAGAUGGGACAGCUGGAGAGGACAGACCGUGAUUCUGUUCACUUGUUAGAGAAUGAACUACAAGCUAGAAUCGACCAGAUCUUCAACCAUUUAGAACGCCUUGAGAUUCUGGCCAGUAAAGAACCGCCCAACCGCCGCCAGAACGCCAAAACGCGAGUGGAUCAGCUGAAGUAUGAUGUUCAGCAUCUGCGAACUGCUCUCCAAAACUUCCAGCACAGACGCUACACCAGAGAAGCCCAGGAGAGAGAGAGGGAGGAACUCCUCAGUCGCAGCUUCACCACAAAUGAUGCAGAUACCGCCAUCCACAUAGAUGAGAACGUGCAAUUUAACAGCAGUUUGCAGAACGCACACCGAGGCAUGGAUGACCUCCUGGGCAGCGGCAGUAGCAUCCUCAAUGGUCUUAGAGAUCAAAGAUCGACCCUCAAGGGAACACACAAGAAGAUGCUGGACGUAGCUAACAUGUUGGGCCUCUCCAACACAGUAAUGAGACUAAUAGAAAGACGAGCCACGCAGGAUAAGCUCAUCAUGAUUGGAGGAAUGUUGCUGACCUGCGUCUUCAUGUUCCUCGUCAUCAGAUAUCUGGGCUGACCACUAUCCAUCCACUACACUGGAUCAGUUUUGGACAUUUAAGGAAUGCAUCAUCCCACAGGAUAUGAAACUGUAAUCUUUAAGUAAUUUUUAUAAAAGGUGCCAUUAUUAUUGUUUUGUUUAUUUUCAAAACCUUCGCUUCAUUUUGGAUACAUGUUAAACGGUUACGCUAAAUGUGCUCCUAUUUAGACAGUAUUUUAUCAGUCUAUUGCUUUCCAUAGCCUAGCCAACAUGUUUUCUUCUUCAAACCCACGUACAAACUGAUCUCGCCUCCUUUUUCAUAAAAAAAAAGACUGAAAUGUCAACAUGUGAUUGAAUAGACAAAUCUAAAUGGUGUUAUAACUUUUGUUUCAUUCUGCUAAUGUUUCAUAACCUGUUAUCCAACAUCCAUUUAGUUAUGUGAUGUCCAUCAUUGAACAGUUAGAUUUACCUGCAUAAAACAAUAGUUUUUAAGUUGGUGGAAAAGAACAGCUUGAUAAUUUGUGAUACUGAAGAUUGCAUAAGCCUGAAAAAAAAUGGGGAAUCACCACUUAAAAAAAAAACUCAUUUUCUGAAGUUCAGUAAGAAUAUUAUCCAUAGUGUUUAAUGCUCUAGCUGCACAUUUAUAUGAAAAAUAAUUUCUGGAAAUUAUAUUAAAAAUAUUUAAAUAUUAACUUGGUCUACUUGUUUGUUACCAGCAGAGAAAGUCAUUGCAGUCUCUUGGUUUAUUACAUCACAGCUAAUGUCUGCAGAUUUUCUACACAAGAUCAAUUGGUUUUACUGAACCACCACAAAAUCAUGUUUUACUUUAAACACAGAUUCAGAUUUUACUAUAAAUUGUUGUAAAUUAUUCCCUUUGGAAUAAUUUGUUGGUUAUGUUCACUUUUCUGCAUGUUCUCACAUCCAUGGAGGUUAAAUUCCACAUCUGUUGUGUGAAUCUACAAAAACAAAGCCAGUUCUUUUGACGGCUCCAUAAAUCAAGCUGUACAUUUCCCUCGACAGAUGUCUUUAUGUUCUCAUACCUACUUUAAAGUUUGGCACCACUUAUAUCUAAAUAUUCUUCUUUUUUUUAUUCAAAUGUUCCAAUUUCCAUUUUGGAGCAUAUUCAUGUUCACCUUCUCAUUUUUAACCAGUGUUAUUUGCACAUGGAACUGUGAACUUUACUUUCCAACUUAUGCACCCCUUGCAUUGAAAAACUUCUCAAACCCUAUUUAGAUUUUACAUUUCACAAAGUGUACAUGUAAAUUAAUAAUAGAGUAAAUCAUACAUUUUGUGAUUUGCAGGAGUAAAUUUGAGGAAAAGAUUUCUGUAUUGAUAAACAUCAAAAGGAUUCUUUUUGUGUGUGUGCUAAACCUGAGUUUUGAUUGUAUUCCGCAGCUUUUAUUUAUCUGUCAACUUUAAUAACUAAACAUUUAAAGGGUUAGUAAUAACCCUAAUCAUCUGUAAAAGACAUUUAAGCAUUUACCCAAAUAAAAA